CGGAAAGAGCAGUUGUGCUUGGCCUGCGAGGCUGCCCAGAGCGGAAAGCGAACGCGGACGAUGACUAAAAUAUUUGGAUUUUGGUGCUCCCUGGGCCUGCUGCUUAUGUGGCCCGCGCCCGGAAGUGCACAAUCGCCGGAGGGUGGACACUCGCCGGCCAACUCCAAGCUCCUGGUGGCCGUCCACUACGAGGCCCUGUGCCCGGACAGCAUGAACUUCAUCCGGCGCCGACUCUACGACACUCUGACCAACAACAACUGGCUGUGCCUCACCGAUCUGAAGCUAUAUCCAUUCGGCAAGGCGGGGUUCUACAACAGUUCCGGUACAACGCAGGUGUACUGCCAGCAUGGUGAAGAGGAGUGCGAGCUGAAUGCCCUGCACGCCUGUGUUCUCGAGACCCUGGACAUUCGAAGCGCCUUCGACCUCAUCCAUUGCAUGCUGCGAUCCUACGCCAACGAGCUGGACAGAUGUUCCAAUAGCUUGGGUGUGGAUGCCAGGAAGAUCUGGGCUUGCAAAAGAUCGCGCUCGAACGCCGAAAUUUUGGCUCCAUACGGCAGGGAAACCCUCAAGCUGGAAAUCUCCUUUGUGCCCAGCAUUGUGUUCGAGAAUAAAUUCGAUCCCUACGGACAGCGUGGCAUUCGCAACAACUUUGAGAGGCACUUUUGCCAAGAGUACAAGAAGAAGUUCAACACCACUGUGGCCCCCUGUUCCAAGAUUUUGUAAUGUAACCCUUUUUUUGUAGUGCCAAGACCAAUAAAUAUUAAAAACACUUCA